GGCCAGGCGCGAGCAAUCGGCGGCCGAGCGGCGCGGCGCGGCGAGGCGGGGCCCGGCCUGCUCCUCCCCACGCGUCGCGCACCUGGGUGCACCUGAGACGGCCUCCGGAAGAAGUCCCAGAGAUUCCGUUACAGGAGUUUACAAAAACACUAAGAUGUCAGAGUCUGCACCAUUUAAGAUGAGAUUAGUUCAUUUGGACCUUAAAGGAGCUCCACCAAAGGUCUCCUACCUCUCAGAGAUUUUUCCUCUGUUCCGCGCUCUAGGUGCAAACGGCCUCCUCAUUGAGUAUGAAGAUAUGUUUCCCUACGAGGGCCACCUGAGGCUGCUGAGGGCCAAGCAUGCCUACAGCCCCUCUGAAGUCGCCGAGAUCUUGCAUCUAGCCAAACUCAAUGAGCUGGAGGUCAUUCCCUUGGUGCAGACAUUUGGACACAUGGAGUUUGUGCUGAAGCACGCGGAGUUUGCUCACCUCCGGGAAGUGGUGCAUUUCCCCAACACCCUCAACCCUCAUGAGGCUGAGUCCCUGGCACUGGUGGGAGCAAUGACUGACCAGAUCCUGGAGCUACACAAGGGCGCACGGUGGCUCCACAUUGGGUGUGACGAGGUCUACUACUUGGGUGAGGGGGAGGCCUCAAGACAGUGGCUGCAACAGAGGCAGAACAGCCAUGCAAAGCUGUGUCUGUCCCAUGUGCGGGCAGUGGCCAGUCACGUCCUGGCCCAGCACCCCGGCACUACACCGCUGGUGUGGGAUGACAUGCUGCGGGAUAUCCCCCAGGACCAGCUCACAGUGUCUGGGGUGCCGCAACUGGUGGAACCUGUGCUCUGGGACUAUGGGGCUGACCUGGAUGUCCACAGCAAGGUCCUCCUCAUGGAAAAGUACCGGGAGUGCGGUUUUCUGCGGCUGUGGGCUGCCAGUGCCUUCAAAGGUGCCACGGGGGCCAACCAGACCUUGCCCCCUGUAGAGCACCACCUCAGGAACCACACACAGUGGCUGCAGGUGGCAGGCAGUGGGCCAGCGGACGUGCUGCAGGGCAUCCUGACUGGCUGGCAGAGGUACGACCAUUACUCGGUGUUAUGUGAACUGCUCCCCGUGGGAAUUCCGUCCCUGGCCGUCUGUCUGCAGUCACUCCUACAUGGAGGCUUCACUGAGGAUGUUAAACUGAGAGUGGAGAACUUCCUCGGGGUUUCUAGCCUGGAAAUAAUGGAUGCUGUGAGUGAAGGGGCCGGCUCCUUCCCUGGUAGUGACAUCCAUGCACUCGUCACACAAGUCAGCCUCCACCUGCGCACCUCCGUGGACACACUUCUGGAGAGGAACAGGUAUGUCACUGGCUGGUUCAGCCCCUACCAUCGCCAGCGGAAGCUCAUUCACCCUGUCAUGAUCCAGCACAUACAGCCAGAGGCACUCAGCCUCCUGGGCAGGUGGAGCACCCUUGUGCAGCGACUAGAGGGGGCCUUGCAGCUGGUUCUCUACCCAGACGCCGUGGAGGAAUGGCUGGAGGAGAACGUGUACCCCAGCAUGCGGCAACUGCAGGGCCUGCUGCAGGACCUCAGUGAGGUGGCUCACCAGCCCCCACCCACCAGCGCUGGCUGGGACCAGGAUCAACAUCCCUGAGGGUCUCCUGCAAGGGCUGGAGCCUGUGCUAUCAGCCUGGACAGCAUAGGGCUGAAGUGGCUGUCCCAUCCAGCCCCAACGUGCUCUUCCUGCUGAGCCCUGGGCAGCUUUGUGCAGGAAAGUAACCUCUGGGGAAAGCAAGAAACAACAGGACAAGGCACAUGGGACCUGUUUUAUGAUCUGCCUGUGGAGCUUUAUUGAUUUUUCUGAAAAUAAAGGACAGUAUAAGCCUAAGUCCCACUACCAAAAUUCAAACCAAGGUUUUACAGACCACUCUGGCUUAUGGUGUGCUUCAUUCCUCCUGCACCCAGGUCAAAGUCCCAGCCCUGGGGCAAUGCAGUGAGGGACUGACAGCCCCUGAGGAUAGGCAUCUCCCUUAUCAUCCUAAGAGCCAGAAUAGGCAGUCUUUCACUUUUUAUUUUAGUAAAAAAAAACAUCUCAGAUUCAACCACUG